AUGUCUAAUCAAGACUUACCGCCAAGUUAUGAUGCAUCACAAUCACAGACUUCAGACAAUCCACCUCCAUAUCACAACUGGCAAGAAGCAGUCCCUGACACAACCACAUUCCCACCACCCCCCAUCGCUGGCUACCUAAUUUCAGGUACAGGGAACGCCUCCGAAGAUGAUGCCCAGCGCGCCCAUGAUUUCUGCAACUCGGUUCCACUCUGGCUCCCCACCCAACCUUCAUCCGCCGUCUACAAUGACGUACAGGCACACGACCUUCGACCUGUGCAGCCAGCCGAGCUGCGUGGUCAUGUCUCGGCUGUUGCACAUGGCCGCUGGCGUGGACAUAGCGUCGAUGGGAAUGGGGACUGUGUCAUUCUCACCCAGCUGCCGAUGUACUUCCCUGCUGCGGACUCGCCAUUUGUGCGUGAGCAGAAGAAAACGAUCUACUUUGAGGUCAAGUUGUUGGCGCUGAGAGCGGGACCAACCCCACAGGAUUGUAGUGGGAUUUCGAUUGGGUUUGCUGCACAGCCUUAUCCGGCAUGGAGAUCUCCUGGUUGGGAGAGGGGUGGGCUGGGAGUGUUUUCGGAUGAUGGAUGUCGGUUCGUGAAUGAUUCGUUUGGGGGCCGGGAUUUUACCACGGCAUUCAAGGUGGGUGAGACGGUUGGAUUGGGGAUGGAAUUUGAGCUACCAGAUAAUAUCGGGGAAAAGAAUAAGAAAUGCAAGGUGCAUAUCUUCUUCACGCGGAAUGGAUGCCGAUCUGGGGGAUGGGAUCUGCAUGAGGAGGUCGAUGCAGAUUCUGGAGGUGUUGAAGGCUUGGAAGGGGACUAUGACCUCUAUGGGGCGAUUGGGUUGUUCGGUGGCGUCGAUUUCGAGUCUUGUUUUGAGCCUGCAGGUUGGCUAUGGAAGGAGUGA